GCGUGUGUGUGCGUGCGUCCGCACUCCUCUGCCCGCGGCGGCUGUUUCGGCGCUGGCGCCGUGACCCCGCCACGCGCGCUCCACUUCCCCUCCCGCAACACUCGCGCAGUGCUCAGCGGUUCUCUGCCUGCGCGCCGCCGCCGCCGCCUCCUCAUUGCAUGGAUAUCCUGCAGCAGUAGCAGCAGCAGCUGGUGGUGGUGGUUGUGGCCACUACCAGCAACUUUCCAUAGCGCUCUUGCCGACGCCGCUGCCGCUACUGUCGCUGCUACCGCUGCUAUUACUGCCGCGUGCUGCUGGUGCUGCUGCUGCAGCUGCUGCUACUACUGCUGCUGCUGUUGCUUCUGUUGGAAUUUACUACGAAUCAAAGCGUCACGGGGGGAAACCCAUGGCCGAGUCCGCUGCGGAGGCCGCCGCGGUGGCGUCUGGGUUUGUCUGCGUGCAGCACUCGCCCAACAUGAGCACCUACAGGAAGAUGGAGCAGAUCGUCCGUCGGAUGCAGGCAGAGGAGGGCGGCGUCGCGAUCCGUACCGUCAAGAGCUUCCUCACCAAGAUUCCCAGCGUGGUCACGGGAACCGACAUUGUGCAGUGGCUCAUGAAGAACCUCAACACCCAGGACCAAGCGGAGGCGCUGCACCUGGGCACGCAGAUGGCAGCCCACGGCUACUUUUUCCCCAUCUCAGACCACGUGCUGGCGCUCAAAGACGACGGCGCCUUGUACCGAUUCCAGAAUCCAUAUUUCUGGCCUUCCAACUGCUGGGAUCCCGAGAACACAGAUUACGCCGUGUAUCUGUGCAAGAGGACAAUGCAGAACAAGGCGAGGUUGGAACUCGCGGAUUACGAGGCCGAGAGCUUAGCGCGACUGCAGAGAGCGUUCGACCGCAAGUGGGAGUUCAUCUUCAUGCAAGCGGAGGCACAGGCCAGGGUCGACCGCAAGAGGGAGAAGCUGGAGAGGAAGGUGAUGGAGAGCCAGGAGCGCGCCUUCUGGGAUGUGCACAGACCCGUGCCCGGCUGCGUCAACAUCCUCGAGUUGGACAUCAAGAAGUCAAGUCGCAAGAUCAACUCGGGGCGAGCUCACAAGUCUGUCUAUGGACUCAAGGAGGAGGGACGGGCUGACGGAUCUCCACCCUCGCCGCCUCCAGAUGUCAAACGGCCAAGCGUGGAGGAGCUCAAACGGCAGGUGCGGUUCAUGCACGCGCAGAUGGAGCGGCACGGCAUGAAAACGUCUAAAGUGGCGGACAGCCUCAUCGCCUACUCGGAGCAGUACACGGACUACGACCCGUUUCUGACGCCGCCAGACCCCUCCAACCCCUGGGCAUCCGACGACGCCAGCUUUUGGGAGCUGGAGACCAGAAAAGAGCCGAGCCACCAGCGGGUGCUGCGGUGGGGGUUCUGCAUGGACGAGGUGCUCAAGGACUCGGUGGGGCAGGAGCAAUUCCUGCGAUUCCUGCAGUCAGAGUUCAGCUCUGAGAACCUGCAGUUCUGGGUGGCUGUGCAGGAACUUAAGCGCCUGCCGCUGCGGAAGGUGGCAGAUCGUGCCCGGGAGAUCUGGCAAGAGUUCCUGGAGCCUGGGGCACCCAACACCAUCAACCUCGACUCGCACAGCUUCGAGCGCACAGCACACAACGUGCGGGAACCCGGCCGAUUCGCCUUCCAGGAUGCGCAGGAGCACAUUUACAUGCUGAUGAAAACGGACAGCUACGCCAGAUUCCUGCGGUCCAACAACUACCAAGAACUUCUGGCGGCCAGAAAGAUGUCUGACCACGACCAAGACAGACGGACUUCGUUUGAGAAGUUCACGCGGAAUGUGAAAAGUAUGAACUUGUUUUGAGGUGUUCACCCGAGGGCAGAGGAAUUGUCCUUAAGAGGCAGAAGACACAGACCAUCAUCUGCCAGAGCGGCUUCAUCGAAUUAAGCCUUCACGAGUCUCGAGGGAAGGGAUCCUGAGACAUCGCCUGGAAGCAAGAUCAACUUCUUUUGCUAACGCUUCUCAUGUGCUGCUAAUUGAUGUGUCCACACGCCCACCACUUGGACAUUACCGCCACUCACAUUUGUGUUCUGAUAUUUUAUAUCCUGUACAGAAAUGUUUUAUAUCAAAUAUAGCACAUGGGUACUCCCCACUUGCUUCAGAAAAUAGGGUAUAACAACGGUACGGUGAUAUCUACUUUAAAGCAAUGUUACUGGGUAGUGCGAGCACUGACAAACGCUGUUCAUCAAGAGCUUGUGACAAACUUAAACCACAAAAGUGCCACUAUAACCAGGACAAAGAUUUGUUUUUAUUUUAAGCAAUUUAUAUUUGUCGUUAAAUGAAUACCCUGUUUUUUUUUCCAUCAAGCACAACUUGUAAGCUAAGCCAAUUUACUUGAGACAUUAUUGACAAACCCAAUGUUGCUUGUAAUUAAACACGUCUCCACAAGGGCUCUGUAUUACUCAAGCUAUACUUAUGUAGGUGCAUAAAUUACGUAUCUGUAUAUUCAACUUUCGGGCCAGUGCUCUACAUAAACCUUCAGUCAUAAAAAGUCAACUUUAAUCCUAUAAAGCUCGCAGCUCUCGUAUAAUACGCCAAGACAUUCAAUCAGGUGGUGGAAAGUGGAAGUCGGUGGUACAAAAUUCACGAUCACUUGGUGCAGCGUCCAGCAUAUGCAUUAAGUCUAACCUACGGUACGCAAUCUCUCCAACACAAAGGACACUUCCUGAAAUUCACUCUGGACCCCUGUGGAGAAGCAUGUGCCGGCAACAGCAUUAGUAACCUCAGGUAUUUAGGUGUUCUGCAAUAGUUUAACACGGACAACAUGAUACAAUAAAAUGCUCUGUCAAUAACA